CAGGGUAUAUGCUGGAAGUUACGCACCCAACUCUCUGUCACUUGUCAUCAAAAAUGUCCUAGAGCAGGAUGCUGGGGAAUAUACAUGCAAUGGAACAAUUAAUGGAACACCAAAAACUGCAAAAAUCUCAAUGUCUGUCAACAUGCCCCUUGAAAUAACAGAAGAAAUGGCACCAAGAUCACAGAAAGUUGAAGAAGGUACCCGAGGCUUGAUUAAGUGUGUGGCCCCUGGGGGAUACACAAUAAGUUGGAUUAGGGAUGGCAAGACAGUUGGUCAAGUACAUCCAAGAUAUUCUCAGGUUCCAGAGGGACUUGAAAUCAGCAAUGUAAAUCGCAGUUUGGAUGAGGGAAUAUUUAUUUGCAAUGUUGUUGGAACUGGAGCUGCUUCAUCCAAAAUCAAAUUCAUUGACAUAGCAGUAACUGUGAUAGGAAAAGAGCUUGUUUGGUCAUGUGAUCAAAUUAUGUGA